AUGCCCAGUGAGGCGGAAAUAGAACAGUUUGCUAGAGAUAUCAAGCAGAAGCGCGUAGCUUUGGGGUUUACACAAGAAGAUGUUGGCUGUGCCUUGGGACUUCUCUUUGGCAAGAUGUUCAGCCAAACUACUAUCUGUAGAUUUGAGUCCCUCCAGCUAAGCUAUAAAAAUAUGUGCCACCUUAAACCUCUUCUGAGUCGCUGGCUGGAAGAGGCUCAACGCAAUGAAAAGCUUCAAGAGGAACAGGCACUGGCUCAGUCCCGAAAGAGGAAACGAAGGACAACCAUUGAAAGCGUCGCAAAAAACCACCUAGAGGUUUAUUUCCUGGCCAACUCAAAACCAAAUGCCCAGGAAAUUGAGCAGAUUGCCAAGGGCCUUUAUUUGGAGAAGGAUGUUGUCCGUGUUUGGUUUUGUAAUCGUCGACAGAAGGAUAAGCGUCAUGUUGUGAAGGAGCCUAGUAAUGAAGGUUGUGAUCCGCAACACUCUGUCCCUCCAGUUCUUGGAGUGGCUUCUCCUCCUCAGAAGAUGCGAACUCCAAGAUAUAUGUCGGGAUCAUCUCCAAUUUACAAUGCUGCCAUUUAA